AUGGAAGGAAUUGAUGUUGGAAAUACAUUAAAGAGUUUGUUAAAUUGGGAAGUUAAUGCAAAGAUCAUAAUUAAAGACUGUAAUGUUGAUUUAUCUUUUUUGAAUGCAUUUGAGAAGUUACUUCUUACGUUAAUUUACCAAAAGCAUUUGUUAAUUGUUGUUCCAGAAUUUAAUAAUAUGAUUUUGGAUAGAAAUGUUAUAUUUUUUGAACAUUUGAUUGCGAAAGCGCAAGGCGUUAGAGGUUAUGAGUAUAUAAAGGAGAUCAAAAGUCAAUAUAAGAAUUGUAUUGGUGCCGUAGAUUUUGCUGGUCUCAAAGUUCUGAAUGGUUUCUUUAAAGUUAGGAAGGAAUGGGAUAAAUUUUUUUUUAAGUUGAUGGAAAUAAGAGGUGAAGAGUAUAAAAGGGUUAAUGAAAUGAUUGAUUUUAAUCUGCCAGAUGUUGAUGUAUCAGAUUUGAAGGAAAUUGUUUGUGAGGGUUUUUCAUCAAUAGGUGGUGAAGCGUUGGAAUUCGGUAAUAAAUUUUGUGAUAGAUUUGAUGCGGGUGAAUAUGAUGUCAGUUCUGAUGAUGAAGAUAAUGAAGAUAAUUCUUUAGAUGUUACUCAGGGUAUAGUUGAUAAAAAAGUAUUUAGUGCUUUAAAUGAGACUAUUAAAAACGAAUUGUGUGAAAGAUUUGAUAAUAUAAGUUACUAA